GUCAAGAAGCUCCUCCUCUUGACAACAAUGGUGACAAUGGCAGCAAUUGGAUCACUAAAAGUACCUUCAUCUUCUUCGUCUUCGUCCUCCUAUUCCUCGAAGUCAACCGUAGAGCAUCGUCUCUCGUUCUCUUCUUCAUCUCUUGCAGGCGACAGAGUUAGUUUCACCUCCAAUGUCCGUCGCAACACUGAAAAUAUUUCAAAUAAGAGAAGAACACCAUCAAUUGUUUCCCCAAAAGCAGUUUCAGAUUCACAAAACUCACAAACUUGUCUUGAUCCUGACGCUAGCAGGAGUGUGUUGGGGAUAAUUCUUGGAGGAGGUGCUGGAACAAGAUUAUACCCUUUAACGAAGAAGAGAGCUAAACCAGCUGUUCCUCUCGGCGCAAACUAUCGUCUGAUUGAUAUUCCAGUGAGCAAUUGCUUGAACAGUAACAUCUCUAAGAUCUAUGUUCUUACUCAAUUCAAUUCAGCUUCUCUUAAUCGACAUCUCUCGAGAGCUUAUGCGAGCAACAUGGGUGGUACAACUUACAAGAACGAAGGUUUCGGUGAGGUUCUUGCUGCUCAACAAAGCCCAGAGAAUCCAAAUUGGUUUCAGGGAACUGCUGAUGCAGUGAGGCAGUACUUGUGGUUGUUUGAAGAGCACAAUGUGUUGGAGUUUCUGGUUCUUGUAGGUGAUCAUUUGUACCGUAUGGAUUACGAGAAAUUCAUACAAGCACAUCGUGAAACCGACGCUGAUAUCACUGUCGCUGCUCUUCCUAUGGAUGAGAAACGAGCCACAGCUUUCGGGCUGAUGAAGAUCGAUGAUGAAGGACAGAUCAUCAAGUUUGCUGAGAAGCCUAAAGGGGAGCAACUCAAGACUAUGAAAGUGAGUUGUACAACAAUCUUAGGCCUUGAUGAUGAAAGAGCUAAAGAAAUGCCUUUUAUUGCUAGUAUGGGAAUAUAUGUUGUGAGCAAGAAUGUGAUGUUAGACUUGCUCCGGGAACAGUUUCCCGGAGCUAAUGACUUCGGUAGUGAAGUUAUUCCCGGAGCUACCGCUCUUGGACUGAGAGUGCAAGCUUAUCUUUACGAUGGGUAUUGGGAAGAUAUUGGUACCAUUGAGGCGUUUUACAACGCGAAUCUUGGAAUCACCAAGAAACCAGUACCGGAUUUCGGUUUCUAUGACCGUUCAGCACCAAUCUACACACAGCCUCGUUACUUACCUCCAUCUAAGAUGCUUGAUGCUGAUGUUACUGAUAGUGUAAUCGGUGAAGGUUGUGUUAUCAAAAACUGCAAAAUCCAUCAUUCUGUGAUUGGUCUCCGGUCGUGCAUAUCGGAAGGUGCGAUCAUAGAAGACACCUUGUUGAUGGGUGCAGACUACUACGAGACUGAUGCUGAUAGGACACUCUUGGCUGCAAAAGGCAGCAUCCCGAUUGGCAUUGGCCGAGACUCUCACAUCAAAAGAGCUAUCACUGACAAGAAUGCUCGUAUUGGGGACAAUGUCAAGAUUAUCAACACAGACAACGUGCAAGAAGCUGCGAGGGAGACGGAUGGAUACUUUAUCAAGAGCGGCAUUGUUACAGUGAUCAAGGAUGCUUUGAUUCCUAGUGGAACCAUUAUCUAAGAGACCUUUUUUUUACUAUCUUAUAACUUCAUUGUUUUGACCUUUUGUUGCUUCAAGUGAAUGUAUCCAGAGGUCAGGGCCAAUGUCAUUUUAAUGCUUCUCCUUUAAUAAAAAUCUCUACUUUAUAUUCUGGAGUUCAUUCUAGAGUUCCAAGCUUAUUAAUGACUGGCGAUGUAUGAAUAUCAAUAAACAGCCCAAGACGAU